AUGACACCAACUUCUGAAAAAGGAUGUUCAAAGGUUACAAUGUUACAGACUCUUUACUAUUUAUGCAUCUUAAGUGUCCAUGUUAAUGCAUUCUCUUUAACAAACUGCACCAUCAAGGGUGCUCUUGAUGACACGACCCAGCUGAAAGUUCUUUGCUACAAGAUGGGCUUCUUUACAGUUCCUACAUCAAUACCCAAAAACGCCAGAUAUUUGGUCAUCUCCUUCAACUCUAUUUCAAACAUCAGAGCUGAAGAGUUUGACGAUCUUCCAAACUUGAGACAUCUGAAUUUAUCAGACAAUAAAAUCUCAUGGAUACAAGAAGGUACCAUGAAACAUUUUCCCAACUUGACCUUUCUUGACCUGGCCAACAACAAGUUCAAAAAAGUAUCAAAAGGUCUACUACCGGGUCUAACAAAUUUGGAGAUUCUGCGUCUUGAUGGUAACAGAAUUGAAGACAUUGAGCAUUAUGCUUUCAAAACACUUUUAAAUUUAAAGGUGCUGAACCUCACAAACAAUAAACUUAAACUGAUUACUAGGAUCAAACCAGUGUUUCUGUCACCAAGUUUGGAGGAACUGUACAUUGCCAGUAACAACUUCCAUGUUUUCCAUUCAUAUGAUCUAUCAAGGACACCAUUGCCUCUAAAAACACUAGAUAUUUCCCACAAUCCAUUGAAUAAGCUCCAGAUAACUGACAACAUAUUCCAAACUCUAGAUCACCUUGACAUGUCCUCUUGUGGUUCAAACAGAUCCAUAUUAUGGAACAUCACAGAUAAGGAGUUUUUAAAUUCUGUGUCCACACUUAACUUGAGUGGCCUACCACCGGAGAGCAUUGUUUCAUUACUUAAGAACGUGUCCUGGGCUUCACUGUAUAAAAUAAAAUUAUGUAAUCUCAGUAGGGUUAACAUACAGGAUCUUCUACAGUAUGCUUGCUUGCCCAGUGUUAAUGUCAUACGUCUGAAGAAAAACUACAUCUCAGUGCUGACAGACCAUAUGUUUGAACCAUGCCCUUUCCUGACGGAACUUGACUUGUCAGACAAUGAAAUAUCUAAUAUCUUUGCAUCCAUAUUUAAAGGACUAAGCCAGCUAAAUGUUCUGCGCCUACAACUUAAUAAAAUCACUAAUGUCAAUAAUUAUUUUCAAAAUCUAUCAACACUUGAAUUUAUAGAUCUCAGUAGAAACAAAAUUAAUGUGUUAACCUGUUCGGACUUUGCCAAUUUAACAAGGCUGAAUUGCCUUUACUUGUACAGCAACAGAAUUUCAAAAAUUCCUUCAUGUGUUUUUAAAGAUUUAGAAAAUCUUGAAAUCCUUUACCUGGGAAGUAAUAAACUAUUAACAAUUGCCAAUGUUUUUGAAAAUGGCCUACAUUCUUUGAAGGAGCUGCAGCUAGCAUUUAAUAAAUUAAGCUCACUCCUUAAUGGAAGCUUUCAUAGUUUGUCUAAUCUUACGUCCUUAAACAUUGAUGAUAAUCAGAUUUCUAAAAUUGCAGAGUAUGCAUUUGCAGGACUUGUAAACCUAAAUUAUCUAUCACUUUCUUCAAACAGGCUUAAAGCAAAAACUAUAAGAGCCCCAACAGUCUUUGCAGGCAUGCCCAAAUUACUAAGACUAGAUCUUUUUAGCAAUUUUAUUUCAUACACAGAAGAUACCCUGCAUACACCACCUUUUAUUCAUUUAAAGUCACUCAGAAUUUUGUCUAUGAACAGUCAAAGACGAGGCAUAGGUAAAAUACCUUCAAACCUGCUUCAAGGUUUAACCUCUCUGGAAAUGUUCUAUGGUGGAAACAUGGAUCUUAAUUAUUUACACCCUGAUACAUUUAACUCUACCCCGAAACUUUGGUUUUUGGAACUCUCAAAGAAUACAUUCUUAGAUGAAGAGUCCAUUACUGCAGAAGUUUUCCAUCCAAUUCCAAAGUUAAACAAGCUAAUUAUAUCAAGAGCUAAGGUUAGUUCCCUGGAUUUUCUUGUCAGUGCAAACCUCUCUAGACUGGCAGUCCUACAAGCCUCUGGAAAUAUGUUGGAUGUCAUCAACCAAACAUGGAUUCAGUCACUUCCCCGUCUGAAAUACCUUGACUUGACAAAAAACACCUUCACUUGUGAGUGUAGCAAUGCUUAUUUUAUUGAUUGGGCAUUGAGUAGUAACAAUACUCAAGUUCUUUACCUAAGCAGGUACACCUGUAGCUACCCACCUUCCCUCAGAGGCACAAGCCUGUUAGACCUUAACACAGAAUCUUGUACAGUGGAUAUAAACUUCAUCUGCUUUGUAUGCAGCUCUGCAAUGAUAAUAUUUACCAUACUGGUUUCUUUCAUUCACCAGUUUUUUCACUGGCAACUUUUGUAUGCAUACUACUUAUUCCUUGCCUACUUGUAUGAUAGCAAAAACAAACAGAAACAUCAACAACAAGGAUUCGGGUAUGAUGCUUUUAUUUCCUACCAUGCUCAGGAUGAAUCUUGGGUUGUAAAGGAGCUGCUCCCCAAUUUGGAGGGUGAACAGGGCUGGAGACUGUGUCUGCAUCAUAGAGACUUUGAGCCUGGAAGGUCCAUCAUAGACAACAUCAUGGAUGGAAUAUACAACAGUCGUAAGACCAUUUGCCUAAUCACUAACAAUUACUUGAGGAGCACCUGGUGUUCCAAAGAGAUCCAGAUGGCUAACUUUCGACUGUUUGAUGAGCAAAAAGAUGUGCUGAUUCUUGUAUUUCUUGAGGAUAUUCCAACCCAUCAGCUGUCUCCCUACUACCAAAUGCGUAGGCUGGUGAAGAAGAAGACCUACCUCAAAUGGCCCAAACCUGGACAAGAUACAAAGAUCUUCUGGCAGAAACUGAGACUGGCAUUAGGGACUAAAGAAGGGCCAGAGGAUGAGGAACCUAUUCUCUCUGGGCAAGCAGAACUUGACUGUAGAAGAGGUCUUUUAAUGUGAAGAAAAUGCUGAUUUGCUAUUAAUCUGUCAGAAUUAACACGCUAAAUAACCAGAGUUUUUUUCUAUUGUAAAAUUAGCCCACUAGACAAAGUAAUGUAAUUACAACAUGCUAAAUUUUGUAUUUAAAUACAUGCCAAAGUAA